AUGCUCUCCCUACUCCCUGAUACUGGGGUAAGAGGGGCUGCACAAGUCUGCUUGAUGAAACAAUUUAUCACAAUUUUGAAGUCCGCAAGGCAUACUGAUGAAAAAGCACUUUCGAUGCUUGCCCUCAGAAGUUUCAUGCAUGAUCAAGAAGGCCUAUUCAAUCUCACUCUUUAUAUUAAAGACAUAUUGAAAACGUUAAGGGAGCUCAAAAAGUCAUCUAUAUUGGCAUAUGAGAUGCUAAAACUUUUAUCAGAUGGUCAUGAUUCAAGCAUUAAGGAAUUGAUGCAAGUAGAUUGCAGCGCAAAUGGUGAAGUCAUAUCAGUAAUAUGCUUCAAGAAUAUGAUAUUCUCUGGCCACCUCGAUGGAAUGAUAAAGGUCUGGAAAGGUGGUGAGAAUCUUCUUAGUCUGUUACAAGAAACACAUGAACACUCUAAGGCAGUCACCAGUUUGGCCAUAGUGAAGUCCGGUGACAAAUUAUACAGUGGGGCACUGGACAAAACUAUAAGGGGGAAGCUAUGCUGUGGUUGCAAUGACAGCAGUAUUCAGGAAAUAGAUUGGGCUACUGAAACGUCUGUUACAAUUCACCCUGGUAAAAAGAAAUUGUUGGGGAAGGAAACUCCAAUUUAUGCUGUGCAAUUACGUGAUGGACUACUUUUCUCAGCUGGUAUGUUUGUAGAUGGUGUAGCUGUUAAGGUGAGGCAAAGAACCUUGUUUGUAGAUGGUGUAGCUGGUAUGUUUGGGAAAAAAAACUCAUUUAAAACUGUAAUAAUUGAAAAUGCCCUAAGUAUCUAUUAACAUCAAAACAAUCCUAAAAAUUCUAUUCUAAUAAAAUUUCCGUAUUUAAAAA